CAGUGAUGAUUUGGCUUUUAGUCUGCUGUCAGGUGUUAAGGAAGUCGAGCCGGACCGUGUCUUCAACGUCUUCAUAAUUCACAACUGCUGUGUCAAGCAGCGUGCAGGAAGGAGGCUGUGAUAUGACCUCGCUGAAGGACCACGUCCUGGGGUGGGAGAGAGAGGACAUAUUUACUUACCUCGCCAUCGCCGUGGUCAUCCGUACACUGGUGUGGUUGUUCAAAAGGCAACAAAAGGUUAUGAGUUUCAGCAAAGUGUAUAUGAUCAGUGUACCUGGUGUUGUCGGACAGGUAUGGCUGUUGGAACAGAUCCCUGGGCCACCAAGUAGACCACUGAUCGGUAACGUUUUCCAACUCGCCGUUGAACCUUCAGAAGUAAUUCCUACAUUCAUGAAGCUCAGUGACUACGGUGAAGUGGUCAGAAUUUGGGUGGGACAGAGCGCCCACUGUUUACUGAACAGUUCCAGAGCUGCGGAGGCAGUACUGAGUAGUCAGAAGCACGUGACUAAGAACGCUACAUACGAUCAUUUGCAGCCCUGGCUUGGCAACGGUCUCUUAAGUUCUUCUGGUAGUCAUUGGCAUAUCAGAAGGAAGCAGUUGACCCCGGCCUUCCACUUUAAGAUUCUGGAGGAUUUUAUUGACGUCUUCAACAGCCAGAGCCAGAAGUUGGUCCGGAAGUUGGAGCAGAAAGCCGAUGGACAUCCUUUUGACAUCUAUCCUUACAUCACCCACUGUAGUUUGGAUAUAAUUUCGGAGACCGUCAUGGGGAACAUUAUUAACGCACAAGACAACAGUGAAUCAGACUAUGUGAAGGCUGUUGAAAGGAUGAUAAAAAUCAUAAAGUUACGUCAGUACCGGCCAUGGUUACACCUGAAUUUCAUGUUCCGGCUUCUGGGACCUACUAAGGAGCACGACGCCUGUAUCGACAUCCUCCACGACAUGUCCAGAAGAGCUAUCACGGAGAGGAAGAGGGCACGAGCCAAACAACAGGAGGCUAGGAAUGAACCGCAGGAAUGUGAUAAACCUGGUAAGAAGAAGAGGUUGCGGUUCCUUGAUCUUCUGCUGGAUUAUGCUGAGGACAAUCCAGAUCUCACUGAUGAGAAUAUCCGGGAGGAAGUGGACACCUUGAUGGUGGCUGGAUUCCACACCACUUCCUCAGCUCUCAACUGGAUCCUAUACGUCAUUGGUCUUUACCCAGAUAUACAGGCUAAAGUCAAGGAGGAGAUAGAUGGUAUCUUUGGUAGCAGUGACCGGCCAGUGACUGUAGCUGACUUACGCCAGAUGCAGUACUUGGAGAACUGCAUCAAAGAAACAAUGAGGAUAUUUCCACCUGUGGCCACGAUCUCCAGGGCGAUUCAAGAGGAAGUUGUCAUAAACAAUUACUGCAUCCCCGCGGGUACCAGCGUCACUGUCUUCAUUUAUAAACUUCAUCAUGACCCUGAACAAUUCCCUGACCCCGAGGUGUUUGAUCCUGAUCGGUUCCUGCCGGAGAACGCCAACAAACGUCACCCUUUUGCCUACAUCCCCUUCAGUGCAGGACCCAGGAACUGUAUCGGUCAGAAGUUGGCGAUGAUGGAGAUGAAGACGGUGGUAUGCAUCUUGUUGAGGAGGUUCCGGGUUGAGAGUCAAGUACCCAGGGAGAACAUCGAGAUCAUUUCCACGGUUGUUCUUCAACCUAAAAAUGGCAACAUCCUCAAGCUCUUCCCAAGGGAGAAACUUAUCUAACAUUCUAUUUUUCCUCAUAUAAUGUCUCCUAGUCUGUAAGGUACUAGCAAGCUGUAUCAAAGCUGUCUUCAGUAAUAUUACGUAGCUUUUUUUUUUUUUUUAAGGGGAUUAGCCCACCCGGGCACAGGUCAUUGACCCACAUCAGGACCUGGGG